AUGCAGAAUCUUGGAGGAAAUAGCGGCACCACGAGCAGCUCCUGGGGAGUUCCUUCAGACAUGGUAUUACGGGCUUGUCGGGAGAAAAAAGACCUUUCAGAGCAGCUGUUCAGUGCUCACUUGGCCAUGAUCGAUACCCUUAUGAUGGCAUAUACCGUAGAGAUGGUCAGCGUGGAGAAGGUGAUUGCGUGCACUCAGCAGUACUCCUCCUUCUUCCAAGCAACAGAUCUACCUUAUGACAUCGAGGAUGCUGUGAUGUACUGGAUAAACAAGGUAAAUGAACACUUAAAAGACAUAAUGGAGCAGGAGCAAAAACUAAAAGAGCAUCACAGUGCAGAAUCUGCAGGAGGUCAAAAGGCUCGCUACAGGAAGGAGCAAACGUUGCUUAAACAGCUGCCCUGCAUUCCUCUGGUGGAGAACCUGCUGAAAGAUGGUACAGAUGGUUGUGCUCUAGCAGCCCUGAUCCACUUCUACUGCCCAGAUAUCAUAAAACUGGAGGACAUUUGUUUGAAAGAGACAAUGUCUUUGGCUGACAGUCUGUAUAAUCUACAAUUGAUUCAAGAAUUUUGUCAGGAAUACCUUAACCAGUGUUGCCAUUUCAGUCUUGAGGAUAUGCUCUAUGCAGCUUCUUCAAUAAAG